ACAGGACAAGGAGUAAUGGGUGCAAAGUGAAAGAGGGGAAGUUGGGGCUGGAUAUUGAGAGGAAAGUCUGUACUGUGGCGGUGGUGAGACACUGGAACAGGCUGCCCAGGGAAGCUGUGGAUGUCCCAUCCCUAGAAGUGUUCAAGGCCAGGCUGGAUGAAGCUCUGAGCAACCCGGUCUGGCGUGAGGUGUCCCUGCCCAUGGCAGGCGUUGGGAUCACAUGAGUUUUAAGGUCCCUUCCAACCCCUUCAUGUUCUGUUAUUCUGUGAUUCUGUUCCUGUCUGGGUUUAAAACACUCGUGAACUCCUCUGGCAGCUCCUUGAGGACCUCAGAGUUCAGCUGCAGAAAGCAGAUACCGAGUUAGAGAUGUUUCCCCUGCAUUGUCAUCUCAGGCCUUUUUGUACCAUUUAUUGCCCAGCUUUCACAGGCGUUACACCUGUGACUAAAGUUGCACAGAGCUGACAGCCUUGGGAGGGCUGUGUAUGUGCCUUGUGUUUCACAAUCCCUGUGUGCUGUUGCAGUACAAGUUUGUGAAGUGGUGCUGCAAUAAGUUAAUGCAUGUUAAUUACACUGCAGACUCAAAUUUGACUUUUGGUUGUCAUUCACCAAGUUGACAUUUUAAUUUUUAGAAUCUUGGAUUAUUUUUAGCUGUUUUAUGGAGUAUUUAUGGAUAGUUUACUACUCAAACCACCAUUAAGUAGUAAGUGCCAUAAAAUAAAACUCCAAAAAUUUAACCACAGUAUGAGGAAGAACUUCUUUACCUUGAGGGUGGCAGAGCACUGGAACAGCUGCCCAAGGAGGUCAUGGAGUCUCCCUUUCUGGAGACAUUCAAAACCCACCUGGAUGUGUUCCUGUGUCACCUGCUCCAGAUGAUCCUGCCUUGGCAGAGGGGUUAGACUGUGGUCUCCAGAGGUCCCUUCCAACCCCGUCUAUUCUGUGAUUCCGUGAAACAGGGUUUUAUGCCAAAGAGAAUGGCACUGUUGGGAGAAUAACUUGUAUCUGAGUAGAAGAAUAGUUAACAGGUGCUAUGUUACUGAAGGACUCCUGUGAAAGCAUUCCAGGACUGCUUUGUAUUGUGAUCCAACUUUCAGUGAGAAAUAAAUCUCUUACUACUAGUGCCGCUAAUAAAUUCGUAUUUGUUUGGGCACAUUUCUCUUAACAAAGAGUUUUCUGAGCUGAGCCCAGAACUGUCACAAGUGUUCAAUAUUUUUGAUAAUGCAGCUGCUGAACUGUAUCUGACCUCAGAUGCAUUUCCAUUACAUGUGCUUCGAAAGGUCAGGUUUGGAGCAUUUAAUCCAGGGCAUUCUGAAGUCGAUGGCUGAUCAAGUAGUUUGUGCUAAUUCUUUGAGAGAUUCUGAGUGGUUUUGAUGUCUGGUAGUGCAGCUCACAGUUCGAUAGUGUACAUUAGUGUAUUUCAGUGGUACUUUCAGCAGUGGUGCAUUUAGCCACAUGAGGGAGAUCUUAGAGCGUGGAAAUAAAAAGGUCUUACUUACUUACAAACUUUUUGUUUGUUUUCUGACUUUUUUCCCUUGAUGAUGGAAAAGCUACCUUGUUUAUAUGUUUGAUUAAAUGAUUAUGCUAAACUGCUGCAAAUAAUUUCAUUUUCUAGUUAUUUAAAUACCCUUUUAAAUCCAGUUCUGAAUUUUAUAUACAUUAGCCGACAUAAAUGUGUGGAGGCAGUUGUCUUCUUUUAAAGAACUUAAUUUAACUUUUUUUCAGAAGCAUUUGUGAAAAUGGAGUGUGUAAAAGAAAAAAAUGGCUUUUAUUUCAAUAUCAGUGUGAACAGGAGGUUGAGGGAGGGGAUUCUUUCCCUCUGCUCCUCUCAGGUGAGACCCCACCUGGAGAACUUCUGGGGCCUCACAAUUUGAAGGUUGCUAUUUGAAUGCUACAAUAACUGAGCUGUGUUAGAGUCUACAUUAUUUAGUGUUCUUAGUGUUGUGACUUACAAAAAUAUAAUCUAGGAAAGUAUUGGAUUAUUUGGAUCUUAGUUUUGUUUCAUUCCUGACAUGUCAUGUGUCUGACAGUGACUCAUGAUGGAUGUCUAUAUAGAGGAGUGUAAGAACAGGGCAAACACACAGUGAUACUUGUCCAGAAUACUCUCCUAAACCAUCUUACUGGCUUUGCUGAGCCCUGACUAGUGUCUUUCAAUUUAGUUCUUCUUGGUCAGCUUCCAAGAGUUUUGAAUGCCAGGUGGAUAUGUACCCAUCUUACAGUUUUAGCAGCAAGGAGAGAUCAGCUAAAAGACAGGAAGUGGUUUCACAGAGAUCAUUCACUCGUCAUCUCCUUCAUGACACACCUGAUUUGUAGUUCUUCAUUUUACACUUUGCCUUUUCUCCAGUCCUCAGUUCUAUCCUUUCCAGGCAGAAAAAUUCUAAUUUUUAUAACUGCUCAUGCAUGGAAAUAAGCUGAGUUGUUGAUUUUUCCUAUUUCUGUACCUUUUAAGGAUUCUUCUUAUUAUUUAUUGUUUCAUUUUAUUAGUUUUUCAAUUCAGAGGAACAGUAUCCAAAGAUGUAAGCCCAGUAUGGACCUUUGCAACAGUAAUCUUUUCUGUUUUUUAUAGGAUCAUCUGUUUUACAGGACUGUCUCUUGUAACUGUAAGGUUUUGUUUCUGAGAGCUGCAGUUGAGGCUGCCUUUAAAGUGUUUGACAUAACUGAGAGAUCUUUCAGAGAAAGCCUCUCCAAACCCUUACAACAUGACUGCAAAUUGGAAAGUUUGUUUUGCUAUGGGCUCACCUUCUUUGAAGGGUCUUUUUGUUGCACAGAUUCCUUUUUACUGCACAGGCUCUUGGGCAGGCCUGUUACUAUUGAGAUGUUUUAAAACUGUUGCUGCAUUCUGCUUUUUAUUUUUCAAGUUAAUAAAAUUACCCUUAUUGACUUGCCUUACUGUGUUUUUACAUUAAAUUUGAUGCAAUUUACAAUCUUCUUUUGUUUUCCUCCUUUGACAAAAUUUCUACUAAAGCUUUCUUUCACUGCUGUUUAGUUGUGCUGGGUAUUUCCUUCCCCUUUCUAAAAUCUUCUUUGAUGAUUAGCGUCAAUUAUGAUGCUUUUAAAUAGCCCUCAUGCUGCUUUCAAGGAUUUUGCUCGUCUUGGAACCUUUUUAGUCCUUUUUGUGGUUUGUUUUGUUAAAGAUGCUUUUUAUCUUUUUAUAGUUCACAUUGUUGAAGUGAAACACAAACAUUUGGCUCUUUAUCACUCUUAAGAGGAUUUUUGAGUACUUCUUUAAUCAGGGUUACAGAGUAACUCUCAAGUAGUGUCACUUUGAAAGGGGUCUUGUGUUUUACUUCUGAUAAAGUCAAAAACUGUCUCCUCAUGUGGUUUCCCUGGCUGCAUGCUGAGUGAAACAGUCAUUAAUAGCGUCUAAAUAUUUAAUCUUGGCGUCCUGGCCCUGGCCUGACAUUUAACCACUCUUCAUAAGACUAAUUAAAGCCUACAUUAUAUGGUUGUUUCUGCCUUUGUAACCUUUUAUCCCCUGCAGUGUCGCGGUCAUUGCUACCCUCAUGGUCAGGUUGUUGCUCAUGUGUAGUCCUGACACUGUGCUUUUCUCUGCAUUGCAUUUAAUUUCCUCAGGAAUUCUGUUACUUGUUAAAGUCGCCUGUUAAUCAGAUUUGACCCUAAGCUGCUUCUAACAGGCGGUGUUGCUUCACAAACAAUACAUCCGACUUUGUCCUCAGUAUUUUGAGGUGAUAGUGACCCACAGGCGUUAUGACAGGGUUUGUCAGAAGCUUGUUUGAAUGUGUGUCUGUCAGUAAUCCUUGUCUGCAGCCAGGCAUUCCCAUUUUGACACCUUAUUGAGCUUAUUGCAUUAUUGCAGUAGUAUGUAGAUUUGUCUUUUAAAAGCAACUACAAAACCAAAUGAAAGAAAUUGUUUUGCUCAUUCCUGUUAACAUUUUAUUAACUUCUAUGUCACUCUUCAUUUGAAAACAGUCUUCAUGAUUUUUACUUCUGCACUUUCAUCUUUGUGGUCUUUUGCACCUAUCACCUACUUAAAAGACUUAUUAAAGACUUGUCACUCUUUAAUUUAAAAACAUUUUCAUACUCCCUUAGAUUUCCCACUGGUAAAGCCUGUGCUCCUCUGUUUUGAUUUCUCAGCUUGUAAUUUUCUCUUGGGUAUGCACAGAGGUGAGAGCUUAGUUCUGCUCACAACAACACUCUCGUGAAUUCAUGUCCUAAGCACCUUAACUAGCACUUUUUUCUCUCUGUCCUACUAUAUUUGUAUUGUAUAGAUUGUAGAAUCAUAGAAGGGUUUAGGUUGGAGGGGACCUUAAAAAUCAUCGAGUUCCAACCUCACUGUCAAGGACAGGGACACCUUCCACUAGACAAGGCUGCUCACAAUCCCAUCCAGCCUGGCCUUGGAACACUUCCAGGGAUGGGGCAGCCACAGCUUCUCUGGGCAACUUGUAUCAGUGACUCACCACCCUCACAGGAAAGGAAUAGAUUUUAAACUGUAUUAUGUCUUGAUCAGAAACAUUCCAGUUUUUGCAGGAAUGCAUCCUGUAUCAACAUUGCUGUAACUUUCUUCCUUCGUGUUGAAGUAAAAAAUGUUUGUGCCAUUUAACUAAUGAUAAUUAAAUUACUCUGAUUUUAGUCAGCAGCUAAAACUGAGAACAGCCAUGGUCAGGGGCUCCUUUUCUUUGAUUGAAUGUGUUCUGUAUUGCAGGUUUUGUCUCAGUAAUUGUCUUAUGCCGGUGAAUUAAAAUCCAGUGCUUACUCUUUAGAAUAGUCCAAAUUCAGAGGAAAGAAGACCUAAAAUAGCUUAACAUGCAAUUGAAAAUUUUGUAUGUUUGAAAUGGCAUUGCAAAUGAAAAAUAGCUAACAUUCAGAGAAGAGUAAGGUCUGAUGUCUAAAUAAUUACUUUUAAUAUAUUCCACAGUCAUAUAGGAUAUCCUAAUUCAUUGUACUGUAUGAGCCCAUUCUUUUAUGUUCUUCUUUUAUGUUCAGGUCAAACCGUUUCCUUACUGAGAAAUAAUGUUUCUUGUAUUAAACACAAAUUAUUGGCUUUUUACAUGCUGCUUUCAUAUUAACUGUUAUCUCACAAUUUCAAUGCUUCUAACUAAAAAAGCUACCAAGGAAAGUCUUAUUGUUCUUAAACUUUAGUAUCUUACAUGCUCAACAUUUGUGUGUGAAGAGUUCUUUAACAAAACCAACCAUUUUAUUGGAAGAGUUGUGCCCACUUUUUAUUGCACUUGAUAUUUGAACAGAAACUGCAAAAAGAAAGAAAAAACCUAACAAGACCCAGUCAUAGUCUGAUGAAUAAGAUUUUUAAUUGCAGAAAAUUCUUGUAGGUAAGGAUUUGGUGAUGAUGAGGCAACAAAGUUUGUUUCAGCUCUGUGGAAGGAAAUGUGUGAUUAUUCAUGUUCUGAACUUCAUUGCUGUGUAUUUUAGGGAUGCAUGAGUAUGUGUGCUAUCAAAUUUGUUAUUCCAAAGGCCAGCAGAUAUCCAGUGAAUUUUUAUUUUUGCAUUUAACUAUGGAGUUCUAGUUCCUUUAACAGCUCUAGAACUUCAAAGGCAUUUACAGAAGUUUUUAACUGUUGCCUACGUUUCAAGGAGAGCAGAAAAGUUUUGGAUACAUUAGAAUGACUUAGGGCAUAUAAAUACAGAUUUGUUUCCUUGUUCUGUGUUUCUUGUGAAAAUAGGUAUUAAAAAUAAAACAAUGCCCAACCCUGAUCCUUCAUUUUAUGCAAAAUGAAAGGUUUUAAUUAGUUAAAAUUAAUUCUGGAUUAAGUUUUGUCAUAAAAUUAUUAAAAAUAUAUAUGACAGUAAUAUAUAACCUGAUUCCCUUAAAUACUGUUAUUUUCAGUGAUUUUUCUAGGAUAAGUCCUUCUUUCUUCCCUCUUCUCUCUUCCACAUUCCAACUUUAAAGCAGAACAGGACAGAUACUGUUUUAUUCUUUGCAAAGGAGUUUGGGAAUCAGGGAAUCUGCUUCCUAGUCUGAAACUUGCUAUUUGUUUUUAGUAAUCCAUUUAUUGAACUCCCUGCAGACAUGACUAGUGUAAAGGAAAAAGAAUACUGAUUAAGAAAUAUGCUGAGGUUUUGUGAAGAAUUAAAAAAAAAUGGCUUCGCUUAUAGCUUCAUUUUUCACAUUUCCAUUUAAGAAGAAAAUUACUGGUAUUAUUUAUUUCAAUGUAUGUUUAGCAUAGUUUAUAUGGUCAAACUGAAGAUAAUGAAUUGCCACAAAGCACGUUUAGUGAAUGGAAUGUUCCAAAUUGGUUUUGGCUGAAAUUCCUGCUGUUUGUGUACCUGCAUACUUGAUUACUGUUUCUUUCUUUCUUUGCAUACUUAAUAGCUUCCUAAUUAAUUGCUCUGUUGAUUUCCUACGUAAUUAAUUAUUCACUAAUUAGCCAUUGAUUCCCUGCAUAGUUAAUUAACUUACUCCUUAUUUGAUUUUUACACUUAAUUGACUAUAAUUCAUUGCUUUAUUGCUACACCACCUAAUUAGCAACUGAGUAAUCAAUUAUUGUUUGCUUAUUCCAUACUUGUUUAGUCUGGUGAUCAGCACAGUUUAUCCUCUGCUCUCUGACCUCCUUUUCCAGUCAUUCUUGCUAAAAUAAUUUCUUUGCUCAGUUUGGUUUCCAUCUCUCCUCUGAGCAAAGCACACACAUCAUCUGUGUGAUCUGCUCCCUGCACCUUCACUAACACACCACCCUCUGCCUCCUGUUCUCUUCUGGAGUUGGUCCAGCUUUGCUUCUGUUUGAUGGUUUUGGUAAUCAGAUACUUUAAACAACCACGGAGACCCUUGGGGAUUCUUUUUGCCCUUCUGCCCAUCUCCAAGUCCUCCCUGGGAGGAGUGAGAGAUAAGGGGGUGUGCAAGUACUGAUUACAGCUGCUGAAGGAGGAGCAGUGAACCUGAGCUUCCAGGGAAAACAACCAGCAGGUCAGGAAGCAGAAACAAGUGACAAAUAAAACCUCAAAACAGAAGUGGCAGCUAAAUCAUGGAAUUUCAGUAAUUUUCAGUCAUUUCAGUUGAACCUUUACGUAAAUGCUCAUAGGUUUUAUUGUGGAUCUUAGAUGUACAUUUGCAUGUAAAGAAAACAGUUGUCAUCCACUGUAUCACAAACAAGCUUCAUUCACUUAAAAUAAAAGAAUGGUGCUAACUAGAGCAGAACUAGUUCAAAGGAACAUUUCCAUUAAAAACAUGCUGCAAUCAAAAUAGAAAUGUCUGUGUGCCCGAGAGAGCAGAAAGGCUGAGAAGGAACCCCACCGAGCUCCUAAGAACAGGCCGAGUGUACCAUACAUUUACAUGGCUGCCCAUGUGUAACAUAGAGGGUGUGUCAAACAAUAGGAGCAGCAUUGGAGUUGUUUUUCAGAGAUGUUUAGAAAGAGAUGAAGGCAUAGUCUGCCUUUGAGUUUUGAGAUAUGCUUUUUGUAUAUUUCAAGUGCACGUAACUGUAAAAGAGAGACAUCUCUGCUGUUCUUAAAUUUCAGGACACUUUAAAGAAGGAGUUUUCUUGAGUGGGGGGGGACUGUAUAAUUAAUGUGUCAUGAGGGAAGUGGAAUAAUGCUGUAUAGGGUAGUGAUCUUUGCUUAGGAUUGUUUUGAAAAUAGAUGCCAAAAUACAGCUCCCCUGUUCUCUUACCCCUGGAUUCAUCCCAAAGUUCACAAAAUAUCACUUUUGUUUCUGUGCUUAUUCAUCUGAUCUGUGAUUUGGUUGUACCUCAAAUGGUACUGCUUGUUCCAGGUUGGUUUCAGUGGGUGUAUGGCCUUAAUUUUCUGUAGGGAGUGUAGGAACUGACACCAAUCUUUGGGGCAGGACUUUAUGUGUGUCCUGGGAGAACAAGCAUGUUGUUAAAACUGGCUUCUCAUUAUUGUUAGGUUUCAUUGGACACUGAAGGGAGCAAGGCAGGGACUGUUGAAAAAUCAAACCAUUAAACCAAAUAACAGCAGUUUUAGAAAGAACAGUCCUCUUAAUUUCUCUGCCAGAAAUUUUUGAGCUUUUUUUUUAGCUGAGAUUAUAUUAAUCCUUCUUUACUGUUACUUGCAUUCCUGAGGCUUUGCUUUCAUAUCACGCCUCAAGUACCUGUGAAUUUAAAAAAACCCAAAAAACCAAAGUUUUGCCUAAAAAGUUGUGUCAAAUUUCUGUUUAAAGCAUUGUCCAAGAAGAGUUUUAAUGAAAUUUGUUGUUUGCUGCUGCUUUGAAGGCUUUUAGUUUGUUGGUUUUUUUUCUUUUUGAAUCAACAGGAACUUUUCAUGGAAUUUCUAUGUCGAAGUGUAUGAAAUACCCAGAUGGUUUUGUUAUUUUUGAAUGUUAAUAUUGCCUCUAAGGCUGAUACUUGCUCCGAUAAGAGCACAAUUUUUGUCGCCUCUUAAAUUUUCCUCCUAUACCUGCCCAUUUUUCUUCAUGUAGAUGGGUCAAAAUGAGGCCUAAUACUUUUCAAGCAUAUUGGGAUAGAAGCAGAAAAAAGCAGUGGUUGUACAAUUCUGAAGUGAAUGGCCUGAGGAGGAAGGAUGUGAUGACAUGGCUGUGACUGUCAUAUGAUGAACCACUCUGUGGUUGGCAGCACUGCAGAUGUUUUGACCUUCCUCUCCACUAUUUCAUUAUGGCAGAGCCACAUCUAAGGAAAAUGACCCCUGAAACCACACACUUAACAUUUGUAGCUCAAGAUUUGUGCCCGUGGUAAUGUUCUAGGGCAAAAAUGACACAUCAAAGCAUGUUUUUUUUAUAAAAAUAUAAUUAUUUUUUACUAUAGUGAAUAAGUUUUAUCUUUCAUGGUAUUUAAUUUUGCCUCCCUUCUUUUGUUUCCAGCACUUACACAAGUAAUUAGAGAGUUAGACUUGCUUAGGAGUGAGGGAUCAAUUCCAUCUUCAUGUGUAAGCUUUGUAACUUAUUUUCACCAAAUCAGUCCGAACUAUUGUCUCAUGUCUCCGAGAAGCACACAGAAGAAGGAACCAAUGUGGAUGACAUCAUUAUUCCUCUCCAGCCUCUAACAGUGCCCACAAACACAGGCAAAGAUGGAGAAGAGCUUCUCGUAGCGAAGAGGAAAAGGGGCAGACCUAAAGGGUCUACUAAGAAGUUUUGUGUGGAUGAAGAUGUGGCAGAAAACAACCCUGUUCCAAGUGAAGAAACUCCCCCUGGAACAGAAGAGGGCCCAGAACUGUCUGAAGUCUCACCAGGCAGCUUGGAAUGUAGGAAAUGCAAUCGGAAGUUCUCCAACACACGUCAGCUCACUAAACAUAUCUGCAUUAUUGUCUUAAAUGAAGGAGAGGAAGAAGGAGAUGGAGGUAAUGAUUCUGACGUUGACCUUGACAGGAAGGAAGACGAGCGAGAAAAAACUCCAAAGAGGCCCAGAGUUCAGAAAACAGAGAAAACCCCAUCAACUAAGGACACCGAACAGGUUCCAGGAGCUAAAAAUCCUAUUAUAAGUGUGGUUUUGACAGCCCAUGAAGCUAUUCCAGGAGCCACAAAAAUUGUUCCUGUUGAGGCUGCUCCCCAGGAAAGUGAACCCACAACUCCAGAGACAACAGUUCAAGAGCCAUCACAACGAAAAGGAUAUCAAGAAUAUUCCAUUCAACAAACCCCAUAUGAACAGGCAAUGAAAUCAAGCAGGUUGGGCCCGACUCAACUGAAGAUUUUUACAUGUGAAUACUGUAACAAGGUGUUCAAAUUUAAACACUCCCUCCAAGCACAUUUGAGGAUUCAUACAAAUGAGAAACCUUACAAGUGUCCUUCCUGCAGUUAUGCCAGUGCAAUCAAAGCCAACCUGAAUGUUCACAUGCGGAAACACACUGGAGAGAAGUUCAGCUGUGAUUAUUGUACAUUCACUUGCCUCAGCAAAGGCCACCUCAAAGUCCACAUCGAAAGGGUUCAUAAGAAAAUUAAGCAGCAUUGUCGCUUCUGCAAGAAGAAAUACUCGGAUGUCAAAAACUUGAUCAAGCACAUCAAGGAAACUCAUGACCUUCAAGACAAAAAGGUGAAAGAUGUUUUUGAUGAGCUUCGCUUGAUGACACGAGAGGGCAAAAGGCAACUUCUGUAUGAUUGCCACAUUUGUGAGCGCAAAUUCAAAAAUGAGCUUGAUCGAGACCGUCACAUGCUUGUUCAUGGGGAUGAAAGGCCCUUUGCUUGUGAGCUCUGUGGUCACGGAGCCACUAAAUACCAAGCUCUUGAGCUUCACGUUCGGAAGCACCCCUUUGUGUACGUGUGCUCUGUGUGCCUGAAGAAGUUUGUCAGUUCUGUGAGACUCCGUUCUCACAUCAAAGACGUUCAUGCGGAUCUGCAGGAGGAUUCUGUUUUUAACAGCUCUAUCAACCAAAGCUUCUGCCUGCUCGAGCCAGGAGGGGACAUCCAGCCAGAAGCCCUUGGUGAACCGCAAACACAAACUGCAGGGGAAUCGACUGUCACAGGUCCUGAUGCUGUUAACACACCACAGCCACCUGCUGGUGAAGGUGAAUCGACAGCUGCAGAUGUCAGCCAUAAUGGCCAACAUAAUGGGAAUGUUAAAGUUGAUACAGUCCUUUCCUUGGAAUUUGAAAACCCUCUGAUGAAGAAUGUAGCAGAGACACUGUGUCAGACAACAGAGGUAGCAGUCCCAAACAUUCAGCCCUGUGUAGCAUCAGAUUGCUUUCUGCUGAAAAAUGGUACUGCUGGUCCUGAGGAGUUAAAGGUUUCUCCUCCAAAUGAAGAGGAAGUUAAUCACUGCAGUUCUGUAAAUGAGCAGGGUGAAGAAAUUCAUCUUUUACUGUCUGAAGACAAAAGUUUAAAUUCGAGUCAGAACAAUACAGUGGCUGAGAACCUUCCAGUCUCUGAAGAGAGAACCCAGUCUGUUCCUUCUAGUGAAUCAGAAAAAAGCAGUCCUCCAAUUCAGAACUCAGCAGAAUCCACGGACCCUUUGCCAGCACCAGAAGCUGGAGCAGCCACCAGCCCACAGGCAGCCUCUUCCAACACAGCUACAUCCAAUGGUGGGACUGGAUCCGUUGCCUUCAUGCAGAUCUUGGAUAGCUUGCAGAAGAGACAAAUGAACACAGAGUUGUGUGAGAGGAUAAGGAAGGUUUAUGGAGACUUAGAAUGUGAAUACUGUGGCAAAUUGUUUUGGUACCAAGUGCAUUAUGACAUGCAUGUUCGUACACAUACUCGAGAACAUUUAUAUUACUGCUCCCAGUGCAAUUACUCCUCCAUCACCAAAAACUGCCUUAAGCGUCACGUCAUCCAGAAACACAGUAAUAUUCUGCUGAAAUGUCCCACAGAACAUUGUGACUACUCUACCCCAGAUAAAUACAAGCUCCAGGCACACCUUAAAGUUCACACAGAUCUGGAUAAAAAGAGUUAUUCCUGUCCUGUGUGUGAGAAGUCAUUUUCUGAAGAUCGACUUAUAAAAUCUCACAUCAAGACAAAUCACCCUGAGGUUUCAAUGAAUACUAUUUCUGAGAUUCUUGGCAGAAGAGUUCAGCUGAAAGGACUUAUUGGAAAACGAGCUGUGAAAUGUCCCUACUGUGAUUUUUAUUUUAUGAAGAAUGGAUCAGACCUUCAACGUCAUAUUUGGGCUCAUGAAGGUGUCAAACCCUUCAAGUGCUCUCUCUGUGAGUAUGCCACACGCAGCAAGAGUAACUUGAAAGCCCACAUGAAUCGUCACAGCACCGAGAAAACACACCUCUGUGAUAUGUGUGGGAAAAAGUUCAAAUCAAAAGGCACUUUGAAGAGCCAUAAACUCCUUCAUACUGCUGAUGGAAAGCAGUUUAAAUGUACCGUGUGUGACUAUACAGCUGCCCAAAAACCACAGCUCCUACGUCAUAUGGAACAACAUGUCUCUUUCAAGCCCUUCCGAUGUGCACACUGCCACUAUUCCUGCAAUAUAUCUGGUUCCCUGAAGAGACAUUACAACAGGAAGCAUCCUAAUGAAGAGUAUGUAAAUGUAGGGUCUGGGGAGCCUGCGGCCGAAGCCCUUAUCCAACAAGGUGGCAUUAAGUGUCCUGUUUGCAGCUUUGUGUACGGUACAAAAUGGGAGUUCAACAGGCACCUUAAAAACAAGCAUGGAAUGAAGCUGGUGGAAAAUGAUGGGGAGACCAAGUGGGAGUUAACUGCUGAAGUUUCUGAAGAAGCAUCCACUCAGUAUGUCCAUAUCACGGAGGCUGGAGAAGAUGUUCAAGGCACUCAAGCUGCUGUAGCUGCAUUACAGAACCUUAGAUAUACUUCUGAGAAUGGUGAAAGACUUGAUCCAACAGCUGUAAACAUCCUGCAGCAAAUCAUUGAGUUGGGUUCAGAGUCCCAUGAUGCCACCGCAGUUGCUUCUGUAGUUACGAUGGCACCUGGCACGGUGACAGUAGUAAAGCAGGUAAAAGAAGAGGAGCAAUCAGCCAAUCACACCUUGAUGAUUCAAGAGACACUGCAGCAGGCGUCAGUGGAGCUGUCUGAGCAGCAUCACCUGGUGGUCUCAUCAGAUGAAGUGGAGGGGAUUGAGACAGUGACUGUCUAUACACAGGGUGGAGAGGCUUCUGAAUUCAUUGUUUAUGUUCAGGAGGCUGUGCAGCCUGUGGAGGAGCAAACUGUGGAACAAUCAGUGCAGGAGCUCUAGAGAAUAGCAUUCAAAGGAGAUGGCUACUUGAUUUGUAAAAAAGUUUGGGUUUUUUUUUCCCAAACAAAAGUGAUCAAGGUGAUGGAUUUUAAUCUGUGAAGUGAUCUAACUAGUUGGAUUGUAUGAGUAAUUUAGACAUCAUGUGGAAAAAACCUCCUCAGACUUUUUUCUUUUCUAAAAAAUGGUCAUAUUUUGAGGAAAAAAUAUUCUUCCCUUUCUCAGAAGAUCUCUCACUUGAUUCCUGUAAAUCCUCACAAAUAUAAUCUGUUCAAAACUGUGGUAUCCCAUGAUAAUAAAAAUCCAUAAAGGUAGCUAGAAUGUGUAGAAAAGCCCAUACAUCCCAUUUUGUACACACUUAAUAUGUGCUUGACUUGACUGGAAGCAAAAUUGUUUUUUCUUUAAAUUAAAAGGACCUCUUAUUUCCGAGUACACGCUUAGGAAGUGUCUGCGAAGUUGUGGUUCUAACCCAAACAAAGCUUCAAGACUUUAAUUAGAAACGUACCACAGAUGGACUGUAGUUGGUGCUUGUGAGGUGAUCCUUUGAGUUUGAGAGGUAUUAAAGCCAUAUGUGAAAAUUGUGGGUACCAGUAGGAUGACUGUUAUUUAGAUAUUUGAAUGAUGAUAACUCUUUCCAUCCCACUGAGUAAGUACCUGUCCUGUAGCAUAAAUUGAAACCAAAUCUGUCAAAUUAAGGAAAUAUUCUUUUGUUUUUAAGAAAAACAAUAUAUUCAAAGGAUUUGUAAAUGCUAUAAGAGAUGUAUGUUCAUAUGUUUUAAACAGACGUACUUGUAAAUAUGAUUGUGUGAAAAAAACUUGUACAAAAAACUUAAGUAAAUAUUGACAAGAAUCUAGAUAUUCUUAAUUAUGCAUGUAUAUAGUUCCAGAUUUUUCUUCAUGAAUCUUGAAUUGUUUCUGGCUUAAUAUUUUUAAAUUUGAGCUAUAAAAGUUAUUAAUAACAAAAUUGUCAUGUUUUCUUCUAGUGCUCUAAUUUAUUAAGUGCUGGUUUCCUUUUCACAGCUAAGUAAAAACAUGCUGGUUUACACUGACUGUGACAAAUUAUUCCUGUAGUUAGUAGUGUUUAAUCAAGAAAGUGACACCACGAAGUCCAGGCAGACUUUUCUAUGUGAUUGAACUUAUUUCUGGGUGUUCUGGGUAGAAAAGUGGAGAAAAGCUUUUUACUAAGUGGAUAUAAUGCAGUGAGUUGGUUGUCUGCCUCUUCUGGCUCUGCUGGGUUCUCUCAAUGCUGAACAAAAUCAGUGGUAGCUUCUCCCUUAACUGUGGUGAUAGGGAAUUUAAAUUUGUUCAUGGAAAAGAACUGAGAGUUAUUUGGCUUUGAUGGCAACUGUGUGUCCUCAGGUUUAGUCUUGAAAGUGCACCAGAAGCCCCAGGGAUGUUAAGGUUGUAGGAUGGAGACCUCGUUGCCAUUUUGUGUUGCUGACUGGAGCUGGUAAAUGUAUCAGGAUUAAUUCCUUGUACGUUUGGUAAACUUGACAUUUGUAACAUCAUAGAAACUGAUGCACAAAAUGUAUCAACUUGGUUAAUCUGCAUAAGAAACCUUGGUUUUGUUAUUAGUGGUUGAAAUUUACUGUUGAUUUGCAAGAAUAAUGCUUUCUGUUAUCUAGAAGAGAAAAAAGAAAUAUCAAAAACUUAGAAUUUAUUGAAUUAUUCACAGCCCACUUGCUGUUAAAACCACAUUUGGAAGAGCAUCCUGAUCAUAUGUGGUAACAGUGAUGAUCUUAACAUAAAACCUCUCUCAAUCAGUUCAGCAGUAUAUUGUGUUAUUGUCUGACUGGGGGAGGGACGGAAAAGUAUUUUACUACACAUCACUCAAGAAUUCUUAAGUAGAUUAUUUCAAAUAGACUGAGCAAUUCUGUCUAUGAGAGGUGUGUCUAUUUGGAGGAAGGGGUUUGUUUUAAUUCCAAUGUUUCAUGGCCAUACAUACCUAUGUAAUUUAAGGCUUUAUUUAUGGUUGAUGAGUUAUAUCGCAUUUUCAUGUGCUAAAGCAUGAACACUUAUGUGAAUUUUCUACAUCCUUUUAAUUUUAUUAUUUUUAAAAUAGUUUUCAACUGAGGUCUUUUCUGACGUUUCUUUUUUUUUUACCCAGCUCUGCUUGGAAAUGCAAUGGUUGGAAACUGAUGAGGUGUAAGUCAGGAAGCUGUGUUGAGUAAUGCACAUUGAUUUCUUGCCUACUUAAUUAAUACAUUUUCUUUCUUCAAGAAUAUUA